UCGUCUGAAAAUGUAACACGAACUGUGACAGAAUUGCACAUUAUUCUCUUAAAUUAUUCUCUUAAACGUGGGCACCUGCGUGAAGCAUGUCACCAUUUGAUAGUCAACUGACACAUCAAGGCAUCCCAUCGUGCAAUUGUUUAAUCAUGAAUAAGUAUGAGUGUACAAUCAGAUAAUUGGAAUUAAUGAAAGUUAGAACCUUUAAUAAUUUUGGCCUCAUUCUUUACGUUUGGACCGCAACUUUUUCAUUUUCACAUCCAUAAUCCAUUCUGCUUCAUAAUAUUCUGAUCAGGGUUCAAAUUUCAAUAAGUGAAUUCUGCACCAUGUCUUUGCUAUUUCAGGAUAGCCAUACAUACAUGACCAAAGGUAGUCGCCAUAUGUACAUACAUAUGUCGUGGCGAAAUUUACGAUUUAAAAAUACUUCCCGUAAUUAAUACAUGUUACAAAUUUUUGUUUUUAAGUUGUAUCUAAAUUGGUUACCUAUGUACAUAUUUAUGACUGGAUGAUCCUUUGGAUUGUUCGACUUAAUCUGGUAACUUAUUUAGUAACGAGUUGACGAAUUAUGGCCCAACUGGAUCGUUUAUGUAUGUUGUUUAUUCAGAUAAGUUGAUAUGACGUGGUUUUAGGGUGGAUGUGGAGUAUUAAUUGAAUUGCGCGUGGAAUAAGAAGGUCGGUACGAGUCGACAUGGCGAACGCCACCAACUACUCCUCCUCCUCUGGUACCUUGUCUCCUACUGAGGACAACAACCCCACCUUCCUCUUCACCUCCACCACACCCAUGAAAAAUUGCAUCACCGCCUUCGACACUAACAGGGAUGGGUGUUUAAAUUACCAAGAAUUUACAAUGUUGUGCCAAGCUUUGUUUCGCAAUGAGCGGGAUGAGCCGUACCACAUUGAUCCAAAAUCAUUAAAGGAGAUGUUUGAUACGUUCGACGUAAAUGAGGAUGGUUUAAUUGGCGAAAAGGAAUUUGAAUCAUGUUGGGAGAAAUGGGUUCGCAAGAUUGUUCGUCCCAUCGCAGCACUCGUCGUGGUGGAUGUACAAAACGACUUUAUCUCGGGCUCACUGUCCAUUUCCAACUGCUCCGCGAAACAAAUGGUGAAGAGGUAGUAGAGCCAAUCAAUCGCCUCUUGGACUCGGUCGAGUUUAAGUCUGUCUACUACACGCUGGACUGGCACCCCGAAAACCAUAUUUCAUUUCUGGAUAAUAUCAACCAAAGGAAGCUUCAUUUCAGCAGCAAAAUUCCAAAUCCGGAUGACGCCAAGUUGUACGACACUGUGACGUUUGAAGGCCCGCCGGUAAUGGAGCAGACUUUAUGGCCCAGGCAUUGUGUGCAAAAUUCAUGGGGAGCUAAAAUGCAUGCAAAUUUGAAGAUAAUUGAGGGGAGUAGAUUUAUCUACAAGGGAACAAAUCCCAAUGUCGACUCGUACUCUGCAUUCUGGGACAACUUGAAACUCUCUGAGACCGGUUUAAUUAAUGAAUUAGAGAGUACGGGUGUAACUGACUGCUACGUUUGUGGACUUGCAUACAACGUGUGUGUGGGUGCGACUGCCUUGCACGCCUUGGAACUCGGCUACCGCACUGUCCUUAUUAACGACGCGUCUCGUGGAAUCUCUUUGGAAGAUAUUCAAGCAACAAAAGAAAAGUUGAGUGCAAAUCACGGCGUUGUUAUUCAUUCCGAUCAGGUGAAGGAUAUAGUGCAAGGGAGAGACAGACGGCCAGAACUGGGACUUAAAUUAGCUCUUGAAAUCAGAAAGCAGGUAAAGCGCUAGAAUAUAAUGAAUGACGAAUAGCAUUCAUGAGUUGUUACGUAGUCUCUCUUAUUAAUAUAGUGCUGCAUAAUUUAUUCUUCCUAUUAGUAAAUAUUUUUGCUUAUGAAAGCUAAUGAAAAUAUGCUAGUUUGCUAUAUGUACAAUCUUAGCUCGACUACUACAUCCGCUAGUUGUAAUAAAUACAUGAGGGUAAAGGAUUGUUAUUAUUAUUACUAUUAUUAUUUAUUAUUACAACGAGGAAUGAGUUAACAUGAUCAGGAGUUGAUGUAUUCAGAGAUAAAUUGAAUAAAAUUUGCAUAUGUAAUUUACCUGCCAGCUGCAUUAGGUAAGGUUAAGGCAUUGAGAAAAGUAUAAAUAAAUAAAAUUAUAUUCCA